CCCUAAACCAUAUAUUUGAGCGAAUUAUAAGGUAUAGGGUUUAUUUGCUGCUUGCAAUUAUAACUAGAGCUUGGAUUUUGAGGGUGCAAUGGCUGCCAACAACGUUCCCCCUUCUGCCAUCGAUAAAGAACAGAUUUUUGGAAUGGCUGAAAAGGAGAUGGAGUAUAGGGUGGAAUUAUUCAACAAGAUGACCCAGACAUGUUUCAACAAGUGUGUUGAAAAUAGGUACAAGGAGUCUGAGCUAAACAUGGGUGAAAAUAGCUGCAUUGACCGCUGUGUUUCAAAAUACUGGCAUGUGACUAAUCUAAUUGGUCAGUUGCUUGGUUCUGGGAGGCCUCCAAUGUAAACCAAGAGUACUGUUGUGUUUUCUUUUGCGGUUUACUCUGUCUGAGCUACGAUAAAGCGUAAAUUUAUUACUUUGCAUGGUCUUUAUUUUUGUCCAUGACUAUAUUGACUAUUGAGGUCAAUCUGUUUUGUUUAGAAAGGGAUUGAUAUUUGCUGUGAACUUGAGGCAGUCCACCGUAAACUCUCUAAAUAAUUUACUAGUUAAUUAAAGAUCAUUCUUCCUUUCUAAUUUAUG